AAGUUCCGUCUUCUUCCUUCAGCGACCCAGAAAACAUCAAUUCUUGAGUUGAAUGUUCACGAAUGUAUCUCGAAACUUGUUGAUGGCUUGAAGCAGAUCACGGGUUCAGCCUUCUACGCUGGAUAUCGUCCCCCACAUGGGUCAUGCACAUAAGCUCAUGAACUUUAUGUUCACUCCCAUUCUCGUUUUCGUUCCAUUCUUCCAUUUCAACCAAACCACCAUGAUGGAAGCUCAAACCUCUGCUGCGCCCCGUCUACCCCCAACUCGGCCCUCUCCACACCUGGCCCUAUCUCAUGUGGCGGACAAUUCCUCUCUUCGAUUAUUCUCCGGCGUGGAACUGCUACCGACGGAAUCCUUGCCAUUUUGCCGCCUUUUCCUCCAAAAGAAAAAUCCCAGCCCUAAGAGGGCAAUAGCUCCCACGGCAACGCCGGCGCCUAUUCCAGCUGAUGCGGCAUUGCUGAGUCCUCCUCCUUUCCUUGCACUUGUUUCCUCUGUGGCCCCCGUCGGCUGCGGCAACCCUCCGUCUGUUGCAUUGGCAUCCGACGUUGAAGCACUAGGGGAGGUAGUUGUGCUCAAUGUAGAAGCCGUUGAUGCUGAUGAUGUCGCGGUUAGUGCCGAAGAAGAUGCGGUUGCCGUUGACGAAAAACCCGGUGCCGUUGACGAAAAACCCGGUGCCGUCGACGAAGUCGUGGCUGACACCAACGAUGUUGUGUUUAAGCUUCAUGAAGUUGUCGAGCCAGCCUCAUUACUGGUGGAUAUCGCUUCCGUUGUCGUUGUCGAGGUUAAUGUAGACAACGAAGUUCUCGUACUGGUAGUUGCCGUGGGAAGAGCUCCAUAGGUCCCGG